CCACGAAGAUUUUGAAUUCAUUUCAGGAACACGGAUGCGCAAACUGGCACGUGAAGGUCAGAAGCCUCCAGAAGGCUUCAUGGCUCCCAAGGCCUGGACUGUGUUGGUGGAGUACUACAAAUCCUUAGAGAAAGUGUAACCAUUCUGCCUGGGACACAAGACUGAGUGACAGAGGGGACCACGCAGUCACCGACAGCAUUUCUCUGUGGUUGUGUCCAUCUGAACAUAAUUCCUGAAAACAGACCAUGUUUCUCCGUGUACAUCAGUUUUGGUCUGCCUUUGAAUUCUGUUUCAAACUAGUGUAACACAUCUCUGGUCUUAAUGUGUCUUUUCCACUUACUGUUAAUAUUCUUAUAAUACGAUUUUAAAAAUCUUGCCUUUUUAUAUUGUAUUUAUGCUUCUGUCUUAGGAUUUUUCCAAGCUGAUUUAUUAGUUAUAACCAGUAAUACAUCAUCUAGCUUUUAAUUCUUUAAGAAGCAGGAGUGGGGGGAUCACUAAACUUGGCUAGACCUUGUUUGGGGAAUUUUGCAAAGCAUCUGUAGCAAUUAGGUUUUUUUUUUUUUUAAUUUUACAUUAAAAGUAUAAACUGCUCCCUCCCUUGCAACCCAACAUGUUGAGGUAUUCUUGCAAUCUGUGUUAAGUGCUGAAUGAAUGCCUUGAUUCAAUAAAACUGAUUUUUUGGGGGGGCUUCUUAUUUAGUUUUGUGUACAUAUACCCCCUUCCUUGUGAAAAUUCCUGGCAAAGGGGGGCUGUGAAGGUAUCUUUAAUUUCUGGGGUCUGAUAUGUAGUUCCCUAUACCAUGUGUUUGCUGAAGUCAUGCAUAGCAGGAACCUGUACUCCAUAAUUAUGUGGGAAAAUUAUAAAGAAUUCUUCGUCCAUCUGAAA